AUGAUAUUCCGUUUUAUUUCUUUUCUUCUCCUUGUGGAGCUUGUAUUGGGAAACCCAAUCAAGUUGGCCAAGUCGUCACUCUGGAAUAGACGAGGCACCUCCAAAGACCAGUAUUUGGUUACUAGUUUACCAGGUUUGACUGAGAACAUUGCAGAAGAAGACCGUCCUAUCAUGUUUGCUGGUCAGUUGGAGCUUUACAAGGAGAACAACACCCACUACUUCUUCUGGAAGUUUGCUGAUCAGAACAGAACUCCCGAGAUUGAGAACAGAACAAUUUUCUGGCUCAACGGAGGCCCCGGCUGCUCUUCGAUGGAUGGUGCAUUGAUGGAGGCUGGUCCACUUAGAAUUAACAGCAAUAAUGAGGUGAUUUACAAUGAGGGCUCGUGGCACAAGAAGGGAGAUAUGGUGUUUGUUGAUCAGCCUGGAGGAACCGGAUUCAGUUAUACCGGACAAUAUGACACCGAGUUGGACCAAAUCCGCUUCGAUUUCUUAACCUUUUUGGAGAAAUAUUUCGAGGUUUUCCCUGAAGAUAAGCACAAGGAAAUCACCUUGGCUGGAGAGAGUUAUGCGGGCCAAUAUAUUCCAUACAUUGCCCUGGGCAUUCUUGAACGGAACAAACGUGUGAGCCCAGAGGAAAAGUACAAUUUGAAGGGUCUUCUUAUCGGAAAUGGAUGGAUUUCUCCAAACCGUCAGAGUUUAUCGUACUUGCCAUUUGCUGUGAAGGCCGGUAUGAUCAGCACGUCCCACCCUAGCUGGCAAGACUUACUCGAUCGUCAUGUCAAGUGUCAAGAUCUCGUUGCUGGUGUCAAUGAUGAUGACACUUUCGGUGUCAGUAAAGUAGUAGAUCGUGUGUGUGAAAGUGUUUUGAACUUACUUUUGCAAGUCACCAGAGACUAUGCGUCACCAGGAAGUCAGCAGUGUUACAAUAUGUAUGACUACACGUUAAAGGACUCCUACCCUUCAUGUGGUAUGAACUGGCCCCCCGAUUUGCCAAAUGUCAACCUGUUCUUGACAAAUCCCGAUGUCAUGGAUAACAUCAACCUCGAACACAAGACCAAAUGGCAUGAAUGUGACCAGGCAGUCAGCAAUAAUUUGAGGGCCAAGAAUCUGCGCCCAUCUAUUGUAUUGUUCCCAUCCAUUUUGCAGGAGGUGCCCAUCGUGCUUUUCCAUGGAAACAGAGACAUUAUUUGUAACUACAUUGGAGGGGAAGACAUGAUUGCAGCGCUUAAAUGGGGUGGCCAGCGAGGAUUUUCAAAGGAUAUUUCCAUCUAUGACUGGGUAUAUGAUGGAAAGGUGCUGGGCUACAUUAAGAGCGAACGGAACUUGACGUUCGUUAAUGUAUUUGAGGCAUCCCAUAUGGUGCCAUUUGAUAUUCCCGAAACAUCCCGUGCACUCGUGGAUAUUCUUUACGACAACUUGGAGGUUCGUCAAGAGGAAGGAAAGAAGCCCGAGAUGGUGACUUACCCACUAGGAUACUUGAAGUCAACCACCACGGAGGACCCCACAAAGAUUGGCGUGGAGGAGCCACUUGUAUCGGAUGAAGCUUCCCAGGAAUCCAGCUUGGCAUCAGGCUUAAGUACCAGUUUGGAGUCCAGUGUACCUUCUGGAAAUGCUACCACCAAUGGAAUGCAAGAAGAAUCGCAUACUAGUCGGAUGGUCCGGGUGAUUCAGCUUGCUGUCAUUGUGGUGCUUGUAUGGGGGAUCUGUGCUCUCUACAACACUUACAAGUCCAAGCCAACAUCGAUUAUAAAGACGAAGCCUUCCGGUCGCAAGAAAAAUGUCCAGUGGGCUGACCAGCUAGAGGAAGAAGAGGAGCAGAAAAUGCAGCCUGAGGGAUUUAUUCUGAAGGCUUUACACAAGCUCAAAGGCACGGAAGGAUAUGCCACAGUUCCUAAUGAAGAUAUAGAAUUGGGUAAAGUGAGUGUCGAUGAUGAAUUCAUUGUUGCUAGUGACGACGAGCUUGAUCAUACGCCUCUUGGGGCAACCUCGGGAGAGAGAUCCCCUACUUCUCCUACAUCGUGA